CAUUAAACGUACAUACCUGAGAAUUAGCCCAGUACACGAGUAGCAGUUGGAUUAAUACCAGUCAACAAUUUUCUAAUAAAUUUACUCUGAUAAUAUAGAAAUACGUAAAUAAGUACAUAAAUAAUAAAAUUUUAACCAUCUUACUCUAAGAAAUACUCAGGUGUGAUCAUGUGCGUGAUUAUUUCCUGUCUCAUGCACCACCUUCAUGAAUUUUGAUAUUUUUGGUGAUCGUGUUAACACAACUUUCAAUGAUAAUAAGGACUCGCAUUACUAAAACUAAGAUAAGUCAUGCCUUGAGCUUUGUGGUGGAGUAAGCGUGAUAUGGUUCGUGUAAAAGCUGGCUAGUUCCCAGCCUCAGAAAGUAAAGUAGCGAGUACAAAAUACAUGAAUUUGGUCCAUUGGAAUAUGAACGUACUUCAAGCACGACUAAAACUCAACAUGUGACAGUAAUAAGUAUAUAGUCGUUCAUUUCCAUUCAUCCAGACAGUCGAGGAGUUGAUGCCUUUCGGAAAGCAUGGAAAACGUCUCGUCCUCCAAGAACAAAGUAUCAUCGUCCCAAAUCUUCAUUCCAUUCGGGUCGUGGCUAACUUGCUAAUUUACAACAGUGCUAAACAAAAAGUGGAGUACAAAUUUUGAGACAAAAUUCCAGAAAAACUUUAUGCGCGUUGUUAUUAACGCAGUUUAUCAAAAACUUAGGUUUAUAACGUCCCAAUAUUAAUAUAUCUAUAAAUAAAUAUAUAAAAAUAGUGAGUGAAUGGAUCACGGCCACAGUUUCGCCAAUGGAUGAAUGAUGGAUGAGAGAGCAGCCUCCUCCCGAUUCCAGUCCGUGAUGGUCAUUUGCCUCCUGAUUCUCAUGGGUGCCGAGAUGUUGACAGCGUUGUCGCCGGUCAGAAAGGCGUCGGACCAACUGAUAAGUGGUGCUCCUGCGGAUCGCACUAGUCGCAAAAUUGUGGCGGAGCUGAAAGACGUCGAGCUGCAGUGUCCUAUUCCCCACGUACAGCAGCACGUACAGCAUGUGGAGUGGUACAAGCAAAAUCCUGGAGGUCGAGGGAAGAAGCGAAUUACUCAAUUUCGCAAUCGUUACGAGCUUUCAAACGGCGAGAUUAAAAUCCACUCCUUGACCACGGAGGACGGGGGAACGUACGUGUGCAAAGUGGGGAAUAAGUCAGAGCUGCAUUUUAUCCAGUUGAUCGUCUCAGGUGAGCAGACCAUAAAAACGAACCAUCUCAAAAUAUCCCAAAACCGGAAAGGGAGCAGUAGCGAGGAAGCCUACUCGGAACCUCACAUCGCCAAAAACCUUCUCCCCAAGCAAAAAGUCUACCACCAAGCGAAAGGACAGCCCAUUGUUUUCCUCAAGUGUGAAUCCAGUGGGAAUCCCAAGCCGACGAUUACGUGGUACAAGAAUGGUGCAAUGGUUUCUUCCUCCACGACAAACGUUUCAACUCUCAAACUGCUGAACGUAUCCCAGGUGGACUCCGGUCUUUAUAAAUGUGAAGCGGUCAAUUUGUUUGGCAUCUCCAGAUAUGAAGUUACCAUCCAAGUGACUGAUUAUUGGUUUGGAGCUUCCGAAAUUUUGGAACUGACUCCCCGAAAUGUCACCGUGACGGAAGGAGCCACUGUAAAUAUUUCCUGCAUCGCGAAAUUUGAGAUGAAUCCGUGGUUCUCCUGGGUUCGGAAAGUAGCAAGUAACAAGACUGAGAGUAACAAGGUGUUCUUCCACUUGGGCACAUCUUCAUAUUACGAGGUAUUGAAAAGUACCGUUAUGAAGCCGAGGGGCGAAAAUGGCGUGUUCUCCACCGAUCUAUUAAUCACAAAUGUGACGAGAAACGACUCGGGAGUUUAUUACUGCGCAGUGGCAGGACUUCAAGGAUAUAAUCUCAGUGAAGCCACCAUCACGGUAGAGCCAGGCCCUUCCCAAUUCUUAGGUUCCCACAUAAAAGGGAUGGCAGCUCAAUGGGCCAUCUUAUGGACAAUCUCUUUCAUUUUCCUAGUCAUGUUAGUGAUCCUCUGCUUCGUCAACCUCUACGGUUGUCGCCCCCACAAACCCACCAUUAAACCAGUGUCCCCCACAAACAGUAAGUCUCAACACUGCCACUUGCCAGAGAGCUCUCCACUCACGAUGAGCACGCAAUGCACCACGCAAGAGUCCUUCGUCCCAUUGAUGGUGGGCGGUGGUGGGGGUGGCAGUGGGAGCUACUCUGGACUCUCCUCCUUCGCUGGCGACUCGUUCGAAAGUGAUUACGACUCGCCCAGUGCGUCCAACGUCCUCAUCUACCAGCACCAACACCACCCUCGCCCCAUCUCCUCGUGGGGGACGAGCAACGCGAGCAGUACGGGACACACUUUCUACGACCACAAGAGUUACCGUCCCAACAGCAUAUGUUCCGAUUAUCAGUGCAAUAGCAGCGUAAGCAACCCGACUUCGAGCCAGUGCCACAUGGCGUGCUGUCAUCACAUCGGUGGGGCGAGGGAGAUCGAGGUGCACAGACCACGCCACCACGUCCACCACCACCACAAGUCUCUCGUGGGAAGUACGAGGUCAUCCUCCAAGAAUUAUGGGAGACAGUCGUCAUCAUACUAUUACAACCCCCACCACCCUCCAGCCUGCCCGUCGUCAUCUCCGUGGCAGACCAACUAUCCCACUUAUGAAGAGGACGACUACUAUCCCUCGACCGAUUGCGAGUCCUGCGUCCAAAAACAUGACCCCAUACUGUCAAAUGAGCAGAUUUACCACUACCAGUAAAAAGAGAGAGCUAUUACACAAGUGCAUUAUCUUUGGAUGCGAGAAGUCUGUAUUUAAUAAAGUUCAAAAUAAAAUGUUACCCAUUAAUAUAAAUAAUAGCACUUAUUUCAGUAGUGCUAUUCACACAUAUAUUUCUUGUUUGGUGAUUAUUUAUCUUAAUUUUGCUGUUAAUUUUAUUACAAACUUUAUUUUAUAUUAUUUAACCCUGAUGAAUCAAAGAGAAUAAAUCCGUAAUGUGCACA